AUGGUCACCACCCGCGCAGGAAGCCGUGCCGCCUCAGAGGUCCCCGCGACGCCUACCAAGGCCACCGCCUCGGCCGCCGCCACCCCGGCCAGCGGCAAGAAGCAGCAGCGCUCGCACUCGCGCUCGGCGUCGCCCGCGCCCGCGCUUGUCGCCAGCGCCGGCGCUGCUGGCACUGGCUCGCGCCGCCGCGCACGCCAGAAGGGUCGCGUGCACGCCCUGCGUACCGCUUCUGCCGCGCCCGUGCCCGCCGUCACCGCCGACCCCGAGCUCACGGCCGCCCUGCGCGCCGCGCUCGCCGAGCUGCUCGCUCCCUUGGCCGACGACGCGACCAUCUGCCCCUCGCGCGUGCCCCGCGCGCUCGCGGCCGCCGACGCCGAGGCGUACCCGGACUGGACGGUGCUGAUUCCCGCCACCAACGCGGUGGUGUGGGACGAGGCCAAGGAGGGCCGUGUGGUGGUCCUGCAGGCGAUCGGCGACGACAAGGGCAAGGUCAUUGCCGUCGGCGACAAGGUGGAGGGCCCCAUCCGUAUCCGCAAGAGCGCCGUCAGCGCCUAG